AUGACUCUUACAUCUAUAUUUCUAGUGUAAGGGUUUUUUUUUAUUUUGCUUUUAAAAUCAACUGCCUCGUUGCUAUAAUUGUGUUAUACAAUUACUUAUUUUUAUUUUAAGAAGUAUCACCAGAUAAACGUAUCAACAUUUUAAGCAACAUAAUUUUAGAAACUGCUCAAGAAAAUAUUGAAAUGGAUAUUGAUAUAAAAGUAAGGUCACUGACUCAACCAUCUGAAGUAAUAAAAGCCGCCUUUGACGGUUAAACAUUUCAAACCAAUUGCUGCUGUUUCGAAACAACAAACGUUAAAUGAACUCCAGGCACAUCCGUGGAACUUUCAUUGAAGAAUGCUCGACAUCAUGAAAUUGUUUAAAACCUUGUUUCCGAAAAAUCCAAAUUACAGUAUAAUAUCGCAGUACUUAAAGAGGCGAGACACAAAAAUUAAUAAUCUCAAAUCUGCUUUAAAUAUCAUAAAGAAAAAGUGUUCAAACUUUGAAGAAGUAGAAAAGGUAUUAGUUAAAAUUCUAGUAAUAUUCAUAAACAUAUUAACGAAAAAAAGUAACUUGUAAGGUCUUAGAGUACUAAAUACAUUGUUUUUAAUUUGUGGUCUUUUAAAAUUAUUAUAGGAAUAUAGAGUAAUUAUGAAUUUUUAAUACUAUACAAAGGUAAUUUUUUGUUUGUUACCUUUCACGUCUUAACUACCCCAUCAAUCAUUUCUAAAUUUUGCAUACACGUCGGUGAUACAGAAAAGGACAUAAAAAACUUUUCACCAUCAUUAUCAAAUUCAUGCUUAUAAUGCUGUUUAAGCAUGGGCGAAGUUCGCGCCAUAGCUAGUGAUACAAUAUAGUAAUCCUAGGUUGCUUCCAGCCAUUGCGGGGUUUCAAACACAGCGGAAAAAGAAAAGGUUUCACUGAGAGAGGUGCGCUUAGCGAAAUAUUCUGAAGAGGACAACGAAACAAAUAAAGAAAAUGUAGAAGCAGGAAAUAAAGUAAAGGAAGAUAAAAAAAAAACAUCAGGAAGUAAUUUGAAAGAUAAACGCAUUCGGGAGAGAUUUAUGUUACUACUGUGAAAUGUUUGUUUUCAGUUUUGGCUCUUGCCCCGGCGCGUAAACCAUGGUUUCUCACAACAAAACGCGCCGACCUAAAUUUUCCAUAGACAAAAUGAUGGCAGAAAUGUCAAACCCCAAGGUCAACAACAUAGCAAUACCGGAAUGAAUCGAAUGUACGGAACGAACGGAACGCCAUCUGACAGCGGGCAAAACGUGGCGACGGGAAAGAAAGUAAUACAGUGUUACAAAUGUAAACACAUCGGACACUUCAAAAAUCAGUGUCAGUAGAUCUACUUCGAAAAACGAACACCGAAACGUCGUUCCGAAACGAAGAAACGACGAUGUUCGGAUUAAACCAUACUACCAAAUUGCUUCGGAUCCGUCAUCGUUCCUUUCGGAACCAUAAACAAUCGUUCGAAUGAAAAUAUUGUGUCGGAUUAGAGAUGUAUAUCUUCAAAAACCGUAAAUUUUUACCUAUUAUGAUAUUCUUGUGAAAAAAACAUAUAAAUUGGAUGUCUAAUUAGGUUUUCUGUAAUACAGUAAUACCCCGACUUACGCUACCUCGACUUACGCGAAUUCGGAGUUACGCGAUUUAAUUUUCUCGUCUAUUCGUUUUUUGUUUGAACGCCGCGCAGUCAAGGCCAAGCGGCGGCAUUUGUUUCUGACUCCCCCCGCCCGCAUUAUUAUUCGUUCAGUUUACAACAGGCACAGACGUGUAGUGCGGAAUCGGCGCGUAGGUACAUAAGUUACGAUUUUGUGUUUUUUUGUGCGUUGUGCGAGGACCUGAGAUAUUUACAAGUACUAUGGCAUCCAAACGAAGUAGAACCGACGCUUUUGCUUUAAACAAGAAAAGAAAAACAUUAUCUUUGGAGUGUAAACUUAACAUUAUUAAAGACUACGAUGCAAAAAUAAAAAAAUGUGAUUUAGCGAAGAAGUAUGAUCUACCAGAAUCGACAGUCAGAUCAAUUACGAAAAGUAAAGAAAAAAUUCUCGAAGCUGUGAAAAACGCUCAGUCUUUGAAUUCAAGCAUCAUUCGUAAACGGCAUGGUAUUAUCGCUGAGAUGGAAACAUUGUUAAAAUUAUGGUGUGAUAAUCAAGUAAGUGUGAAAAAUUGUCCUGUUGAUCAGAACACGGUGUGCUUUCAAGCUAAACAAAUUUUUGAGAAAUUAAAAGAAGAAGCUGGGGAGAUGGCUAAAGAUGAAACAUUUAAAGCUAGUAACGGUUGGUUCAGCCGGUUCAAAAGUCGCUGUAAUUGGCAUAGCAUUGCAGAAAGUGGAGAGGCGGCAAGUGCAGAUAAAGAGGCUGCAUCUCUCUAUCCAGAAAAACUCAAAGCUAUGAUAGAUGAAGGUGGCUAUACCAGCCAAACCAUAUUCAACGUAGAUGAAACUGGCCUGUUUUGGAAGAAGAUGCCUAAAAGAACUUUUAUUGCGCGUGAAGAGAAAACUUUUCCAGGUUUUAAGGCCGCCAAAGAUCGAUUGACAGUGAUGCUUGGCGCGAAUGCAGCUGGUGACUUUAAAUUAAAACCUCUCUUAGUUUAUGUUAUGUAUGUAUACGUGCGUAGGCUAUAGGUACAUGCGUUCACGCUGCGCUGUGACGCAGCGCCAAUAAAUCAGUGUGCUAGUAA